AUGUCUGACCGCGUCGCGCAAAUCACCAGCCACCUCAACUACCCCAAGGGCCUCCUCGCCGGUCAGGUGGCCAUCAUCACCGGCAGCGGGCAGGGCAUCGGCGCCGAGACGGCGCGUCUCUUUGCGAACGAGGGCGCCAAGGUCAUCGUCGCCGACAUUGACGCCAGUAAGCCCUCAUCUAAUCCCCCACACCGUUUUCCUCCUUCUAACACCCCCUCAGAAAAGAGCGGCGCUGUCGCCGACGCCAUCAACAAAGCCGGCGGACAAGCCCUCAGCGUCCCCGGCGACGUCCUCGACAAGGCCUACUUACACGUCCUCGUCGACCGCGCCGCCGCGUUCGGCAACGGCAAGAUCCACAUCCUCGUCAACAAUGCCGGCUACACCUGGGACGGCGUCAUCCACAAAAUGACAGACCAGCAGUGGGAGACAAUCCUCGCGCUCCACGCCACCGCGCCCUUCAACCUUGUUCGCGCCGCUGCCCCCUACUUUCGAGUCAAGGACGGCGAGCCCCGCUGCAUCAUCAAUAUCUCGUCCACGUCGGGUGUCCACGGCAAUGCCGGGCAAAUCAACUACGCGUUGGCCAAGGCCGGCGUCACGGGCUUCACCAAGACGAUUGCCAAGGAGUGGGGACCUCAGUUUGGCGUGCGCGCCAACGCCAUUGCGUUUGGCCACAUUGCCACGCGGCUGACGGCGGCGAAGGAGGAUGGCGCAUUUGUCGAGGGGCCGGAUGGCAAGAAGAUUGCGCUGGGAAUCCCGCAGGCGCAAAAGGGUACCGGGUCGGGGGCGGCGCCGGCCAAGAGUGAUAUCCCGCUUGGUAGACCCGGCACAGCGACGGAGGCGGCGGCGAGCAUCCUGGCGGUGGCGAGUCCCUUGUUUUCGUACGUGACGGGCCAGACCAUCAUGGUGACGGGCGGUCGCAACAUGUAA